CUGUCCGUGGGCAGGGCAGGGCAGGGCAGGGCAGGGCAGGGCAGGGCGGGCAGCGCUCGGCAGCGCUCGGUGCCUGCAGUGCCGGGAGGAGGCUGCGGGCGCCGCUGUUGCCCGAGGAGGAGCGAGAGGAAGGCCGGAGCGCUGCAGGCAGCCCCGCCCGCUGCGGCCCGGCUCGCUCGCUCGCUCGCUGGCUGGCUCGGCGGCCGGGCGGUCUGCGAGCGUCCCCGCGGUGCGGAGCCGUGCUGCAGCGAGGCGGAGGGGCCGGCGGCAGCGGCCGGGAGCGGCGAGCCGGGGCCGGAGCGGCGAGUGGGAGCCGGAGCCGGGGCCGCGGCGGAGAUGUGCGCGGCGGGGAGGCGCCGGGGCCGGCGGGAGCGAGCCCUGCUGUGGUGCGUGCUGGUGGCGGCGUGGGAGGCGGCGUGGGGGCAGCUGCGCUACUCGCUGCCCGAGGAGAUGCCGAAGGGCUCGUUCGUGGGCGACGUGGCCGCGGACCUGGGGCUGCAGCUGCCGGCGCUCGGCCCCCGCGGCGUCAGCCUUGUCUCGGCAGGUAGGACGCCGUAUUUCGCCCUGCACGGGAAGACGGGCCAUUUGGUGACGGCGCAGAGGAUAGACAGAGAGCAGCUGUGCCGGCUGCAGGAGAGAUGCGUGUUGCGCUGCGAGGUGAUCGCGGAGGGGGAAAUGCAGGUUUACGAAAUCGAAGUGGAGAUCACGGACAUUAACGACAACGCGCCCAGCUUCCAAGAGGCAGAAACGGAGCUGAGAACGAUCGAGACGACAGCGCCAGGUUCGCGUUUUCCGUUGGCCCGGGCUCAGGACCCGGACUCGGGGCCGAAUUCGGUGCGGAGCUACGAGCUGAGCGGCGACGAGCACUUCUCGCUGGCCGUGCGGGCGGGCCCCGGCGGGGAGCAGCGUCCCGAGCUGGUGCUGGCGAAGGCGCUGGACCGGGAGGAGGCGGCGUUUCACGAGCUGGUGCUGAGGGCGAGCGACGGCGGCGAGCCGGCACGGACGGGCACGGCGCGGAUCCGCGUGGCGGUGCUGGACGCGAACGACAACGCGCCCGUGUUCGGGCAGGCGGAGUACACGGCGCGUGUGCCCGAGGACGUGCCCGUGGGCUCCACCCUCCUCACCGUCACGGCCACCGACGCCGACGAGGGGACGAACGGGCACGUGAAAUACUCCCUGAAGAAAGAGGAAGACAUGGCAUCGGAGAUUUUCCAGCUGGAUGCGGAGACGGGAGCGAUCACGCUGGUGCGGAGCCUGGACUUUGAGGAAGGCCACUUCUAUGAAAUGGAGAUGCAGGCACGGGACGGUGGGGGACUUUCUGACACGGCGAAAGUCACCAUUACGGUGACCGACGUGAACGACAACGCGCCCGAGAUUUCGGUGCGGUCGGCGCUGGGCGAGAUCUCGGAGGACGCCCCGUCGGGGACGGUGGUGGCCCUGCUGCACGUGCAGGACCGGGACUCGGGGCCGAACGGCGAGGUGCGGUGCUCGCUGGGCGGGGGCGUCCCGUUCCGGCUGCAGAGCUCGCAGGGCAGCUACUACCGCGUGGUGACGGCGAGGGAGCUGGACCGGGAGGAGGUGUCGGAGUACAACGUGACGGUGCGGGCGGCGGACGGCGGGUCGCCGGCGCUGUGGAGCAGCGCGGUGCUGGCGCUGCGCGUGCUGGACGUGAACGACAACGCGCCGGUGUUCGCGGAGGCGCGCUACAGCGCCCGGCUGCCCGAGAACAACGCGGCGGGCGCGCUGGUGCUGACGGUGCGGGCGGCGGACGCGGACUGGGGGCAGAACGCGCGCGUGCGGUACCGGCUGGCGGAGGGGCGGGUGCGGGGCGCGCCGCUGUCGUCGUACGUGUCGGUGCAGGCGGAGACGGGCGCGCUGUACGCGCUGCGCUCCUUCGACUACGAGGAGGUGCGCGAGGUGGGGCUGUGGGUGCGGGCGGAGGACGGCGGCGCGCCGGCGCUGAGCAGCAACGUGUCGGUGCGGCUCGUGAUCGUGGACGAGAACGACAACGCGCCGCAGGUGCUGUACCCGCCGCCGGCGCCGGUGCCGGUGCCUGGCGUGGGCGCGGGCGCGGGCGCGGUCGCGGUCUGGGCGGGCGUGGAGCUGGCGCCGCGCUCGGCGGAGCCCGGGGCGCUGGUGGCCAAGGUGGUGGCGGUGGACGCGGACGCGGGUCAGAACGCGUGGCUGUCGUACGAGCUGGCCAAGGCGACGGAGCCGGGGCUGUUCCGCGUGGGGCUGCACAGCGGCGAGGUGCGCACGGCGCGCUUCCCGCUGGCCCGCGACGCGGCGCGGCAGAGCCUGGUGGUGGUGGUGAAGGACCACGGGCGGCCGGCGCUGUCGGCCACGGCCACGCUGACGGUGGUGCUGGCCGAGAGCGUGGCCGAGCUGCUGUCGGAGCUGGGCAGCGCGGCGGCGGCGCCGGGCGAGCCGGCCGGCAGCCUGACGCGGUGGCUGGUGGUGGCCGUGGCGGCCGUGUCCUGCCUCUUCCUCGCCUUCCUGCUGCUGCUGCUGGCGCUGCGCCUGCGGCGCUGGCGCCGCUCGCAGCUGCUGGCGGCGGGCAGCGGCGCCUUGCGCGGCGUGCCGGCCUCGCACUUCGUGGGCAUCGACGGCGUCCGCGCCUUCCUGCACUCCUACUCGCACGAGGUGUCGCUCACGGCCGACUCGCGCAAGAGCCAGCUCCGCUUGUCGGGCGGCAGCUGCUGCGACACCCUCCCGGCCCGGCCGCCGCCCGACGAGCCCGCGCCGCUGCUCGGGGAGGACCCCGCCGCUGCCCCGGUGAGUUCCUCCUGCCAGCCCCACUUGCUGCGCGACCUCUCCCCGCGCUGCUCUGCUCUGCCCCUUCCGUGCCGAGUCGUGGCUCCUGCCGCGGGAGGGGGAGGUCCGAGCAAGGCAGCGGCUCCCGCAGCAGCCGGCGCCGUGUGCCGGUGCCACUUGCCCGCGGGAGGCGACCGCGGGGUUGCGGCUCAGCGCCCCAGCGGGAGAAGGGGGGAGUGGCCGCGAGAGUCUGCGGGUGGCUGCGUGGGAGGGGCACUGCGGGAAACGGGAGGUCUGUCUUGCUGGUUCCCGCUUUCUUAAGGCCGUUUGAGCGAA